AUGCCAGCCUCGAGCUGCACCGUAGACCCGCGAGGUCUGCGCUCGCGGCGCCUGCCGCAGGCUUGCACAAAGGAAGGUUACUGGGCGUUCCACCGCGCGAACCAACGCGCCGCGCGGCAGCGGAGGGGGGACGGAGCGGAAAAGUACCCAGACUCGGGGGCGAGGCCUGACGGUAACAUCCUCCAUGACCAAUUCAAGAGCUUCCAGAGAAGGAACUUGAUCAAGCCCUGGGAGAGAGCCAACUUCAAGUACAAGUACAAAGUGAAGGCUGGGAGUAGCAUGGUCCUGGCCCACCCGGACAGCAGGACGGUGGGCAGCCAUGGCAGGACCAAGGGGCUCCUAAUGAAAAGUGGGCUGGGCUGUGUGGACCGCCUGGAUGUGAGGGUUAAGAAAAAGAGCAGAGAGUACCAUUUGAUGCAAGAUUUGAAGGUGGUCAACCGCAUGACCAUUAACAGUGCACCCUUUGGCCCCAAACCCCUACACCCCACUGUCUAUCCUUCCAGCUACCUUCACCUGCACUCCAGUGGAGGUUUGUCUUCAGAGGAUGCUGACUGGCUCCCAGAGAGGAAGAGGAAGCCCAAGAUACUGGAACCAGUUACAUUGGAGGACGUCACUGUGGUCUUCACAGAGGCAGAAUGGGAGACGCUGAGCUCUGAGCAGAAGGACCUGUACAGGGAGGUGAUGCUGGAGAUGUUCCGGAGCCUGCUGUCACUGGGCUCGUGUGCAGAGAACCACCUCCCUCCAGGGGCGUCCAGGCCCGGGCGACAGAAGCAGCAAGAGCAGCAGGGCUCUGCUCCGAGCUGCCGGGGUGAGCACACGGGCGGUCAGCGGAGAGGAGAGCCCUCCAGACCCUGGUGUGGGAGGGCAGGGGAGCGAGAGGGUGCACGGGCUGGCUGCAGCCCGCCCCCCAGACGGGCCACGGGCCCUGGGCAAGGCAGCACGGUGGUGGGAAUGGAGCCCCGCUGCGGCCAGAGGGUGAACUGUGCGGAAACAGACAGACAGCGGAAGGCGGUGGAGACCUCGAGACGUGGAGCCAUCAGCUCUAGAGAGGAUGAGGCAGACGGUGGCCCGAAAUCAACCUUCGUCAACCAGAGGGCCGUCUUCCGGGAGAAGCCCUGUGUCUGCAGUGAGGGCGGGCGAGGCUUUAGCCGCAAGUCAGCCCUCAGGCUGCACCAGCCGACCCACUCAGGGGAGAAGCCCCACGUGUGCAAGGAGUGUGGGCGAGGCUUUACCCAGCGGUCAGUCCUGCUUACACACCAGCGGACACAUUCGGGGGAGAAGCCCUACGCUUGCAGUGAGUGUGGCCGAAGCUUUACCCAAAAGUCAGGCCUCCUGUAUCACCAGCGGACACACUCAGGGGAGAAGCCAUACGUGUGCAAGGAGUGUGGCCGAGGGUUCAGCCACAAGUCAAUUCUCAUCCGGCACCAGAGGACACACUCGGGGGAGAAGCCUUAUGUGUGUAAGGAGUGUGGGCGAGGCUUCAGCCAGAAGUCUGGCCUCCUGAUGCACCAGCGGACACACUCGGGGGAGAAGCCCCACGUGUGCAAGGAGUGUGGCCGAGGGUUCAGCCAGAAGUCCGGCCUCCUCUACCACCAAAGGACACACGCAGGGGAGAAGGCCUAUGUGUGCAAGGAGUGUGGGCGAGGCUUUAACUGGAAGUCCGUCCUCCUCAUACACCAGAGGACACACUCGGAUAAAAAGCCGUACGUUUGCAGCGAGUGUGGCCGGGGCUUCACCCAGAAGUCGGGCCUCCUCAUGCACCAGCGGACACACUCAGGGGAGAAGCCACAUGCGUGCAAGGAGUGUGGGCGUGGCUUCAGCCAGAAGUCCGGCCUCUUCAUGCACCAGCGGACACACUCGGGGGAGAAGUCUUAUGUUUGCACUGAGUGUGGUCGGGGUUUUAAUUGGAAAUCUGUCCUCCUCCAUCAUCAGAGGACACACUCAGGGGAAAAGCCACAUGUGUGCAAGGAGUGUGAGCGAGGCUUUCGGGACAAGUCGAGUCUCAUCAGACACCAGAGGACACACUCAGGUGAGAAACCGUACCUGUGUCUGGAGUGUGGGCGUGGCUUUAUCCAAAAGUCAGGCCUCAUUGUGCACCAGCGGACACACUCUGGGGAGAAGCCGUACGUGUGCCUGGAGUGUGGCCGGAGGUUUAGCCAGAAGUCAGGCCUCCUUGUGCACCAGAGGACACACUCAGGGGAGAAGCCACACGUGUGCAAGGAGUGUGGGCGGGGGUUCAGCUCUAAGCAGAGCCUUACCAGACAUCAGCGGGCUCACUCGGGAGAAGCCCCGUGUUUGCAGUGA